UAGGCGGUUCCAGCUCACACGUCAAUCUAAAACCUCUCCGGUGCGCCUGUACCGCUGCCCCCAGCCUCCAGCCCCCAUUAGCAGAGGACUCGACACUAGCAAGGGAGCGCGAGACCAGGCGCGCGUCUUCUGCAGAAGCAUAUGCGCUCAGUGACGAGUCGCCGGUGCGCUUCCACAACAUCUUUCCUCGAUUAAUUUACGUAAGCACGACCCCCCCCAGCGGGAAGAGCCAUUUAAAUUGGGUAAAGACGGGGAAAUCGACGUCGUUUGGCUCGGGAUGAGUUUUGAUCUGACCGGUAGCCCAAUCCGCAUCUUUGUUCCUGUUUUCAAAGCGCUCCUCCGCAGUUCACAGUCAUUUGCCGAGCAGGUUCCCAGGCUGCCUGGUUCAGCUGCUCCGGCUACGCGCUCACUAGCGUUUCCCAGCAGAUUUCGGUCCAUCGAAACCCGGGGAUUCUCUCCACUGGCCGCUUAAGAUGUCCGGGGAGGCUGUGCUUAUACCGGAUGAUCGCGCCUUCAGCAACUUUAAAAAUGAAUGCAACUCGGCGGACGGGUGGACCCUGACGUACAACAAGUCCGGGAUAAGUGUGUGGAUCCAAAUUUUGGAAGAGGAGAAGUCUUUGCAUAAGAUAAAGUGUCAGAUGGUGUGCAAAGACGUCCCCACGGAGACCAUGUACGACGUCCUGCACGACACGGAGUACCGGCGCAAAUGGGACUCAAACGUGAUCGAGACCUUCGACAUCGGCAAGCUGACGGUCAACGCAGACGUGGGCUACUACUCAUGGAAGUGUCCCAAACCGCUGAAGAACCGUGAUGUCAUCACCCUGCGCUCCUGGUUGCCCAUGGGACGCGAUUACAUCAUCAUGAACUACUCUGUCAAGCACGCGAAAUACCCGCCAAAGAAAGACAUGGUACGUGCCGUUUCCAUCCAGACGGGCUAUUUGAUCCAGAGCAACGGACCCAACACCUGUACUCUGACCUACCUGGCGCAGGUGGACCCGCGAGGUAAAGGCCAGCUCCGCUCUGGGUAGAGGGGCUUCAUUCCAUCAGCCAUGAAGAAGAUAAACAAGGCCUGUCUGAAGUAUCCAGAGUGGAAGCAGAGGCACAGCCCUGGGUACAAGCCGUGGCUGUACCCUGAGCAGAACCAGCUGGCCAGCAUCCCCAUGUCGGAGCUGAGCGUCCAGCAUGCGGAGUCCCUGGAGAACAUCGAUGAGAGCAGCCUGAGCGAGGCGAAGGAUGAGCGGGGGGAGGGUAGCGAUGAGGAGGGGGCCAACUGAGGGGACACACACACACACAGACUAACCACACACACAGGCAGCCUUCCUGUCCACGCACGUUCACAGAUGCAGCAGAUGUUUGCGCAGCCUCUGCAGAUCUUUUUGUCGUCCCCCCCCCUUCCUCUGCAACAGUCAAACCUCAAAACUGGACCCUCAGACACACGUGACACUAGACGUGCUGCAGGCGUGUAGCCGUCCUUCAUACGUGAUUACAUCACAGGAUUUGGAAGGGACUCCUAAUCCACACAGCCAAAUAACCACCAUUGGCCGCCCUGGAGUCCUCUGACUUCUCCUGGCUGAUCAGCACAUAAACUCAGUCUCUGUUUGAAGAGCAAUGGCCAGUGUGUUUGUCUGCUGUGACUCUCCCUGGAAAUAUAGCCCCCCAGUGGCCCAAGCUCAUAUCAUGCCCCCUCCCUGUUCACCAGGCUUAAUGUUCUGAUUUUUGGGAGUGUUUGUUGUGUGAACGUAUGUUUAAAAACAAGUGAAAAUACAGAGUAUCUUGAAGGUUUUGA